UGCUGGGAGGUGACGCGUUGGGCGGAGUGAUCUUCUCUUGUAAAGGUCCCGACUGAGGAAUGAUGAUCGAUAAACAAAUCUCACGGUGCAAACUCAUGACGGCGAGCUCUUAGCCUCUAGUUGACAUUUGCUACGAUUUAAGAGCCGGCUUCAACUCCACGCCGAACGGGGACGUUUGGGAGUAUGGAACGGAAAAGUGUACCAGUCAGACGUAUCCUCGGUAAGCCACAGACAUUGCGUGGUCCAGCCAAUAACUUUCACACAGAGGAAGCCAGCCAGUCUCGUGCUGCGCAUUUAGUUCUUACUAAAGUGCAGCGAAGUGGGCACAAGCACCUUGAUGUCAACCAUCAAAUCAGGGGCAAGCCAGACUUGAACACAACACUGCCAGUUCGACAGACGGCCUCUAUCUUCAAGCAGCCAGUGACCAAAGUAACAAAUCACCCUAGCAACAAGGUGAAAACAGACCCACAAAGAGCUGUGGACCAACCAAAACAGUUGUUCUGGGAGCGGAAGUUGAGUGGCUUAAGUGCCUUUGACAUUGCAGACGAGCUGGUGAAAACAAUGGAUCUUCCCAAAGGCCUCCAAGGUGUCGGUCCCGCGAGUUCUGACAAAACGCUCCUGUCUGCCAUCGCCAGCGCCCUUCACACGAGUCCUGCGCCCGUCACCGGGCAGCUCACGGCCGCCGUGGAGAAAAACCCGGGAGUGUGGCUGAAUACGACGCAACCUCUCUGCAAGGCGUUUGUGGUGACUGAUGAUGAUAUCAGGAAGCAGGAGGACCUCGUGCAGAGUGUGAGGAGGCGGCUAGAGGAAGCGCUCAUGGCGGAUAUGUUGGCUCAUGUCGAGGAUGCCGCUGUGGAUCCGGCGCCCAGCACGGUAGAAGAAGAGGAGAAGAAAGAGAAAGAGGAGGAGGAGAAGGGGGCUGAGGGUGUGGAAAAGGAGGAGUUAUAGCCAAGGUACACAAAAUGGCUGUGAUGAAUCCAGCAUUGCUGACUGAUUUUUCUUGUUUAAUUCUUCAAGUACCCUGGGGAUUUUCAGUUCGUCACUACUGCAACUCAAAACUUUUAAGUGAAAGUGAGCUUAGUUUUCAAACUUAAACAGCUGGGUUGUUUUUUUGUUUGUUUGUGAGUCAACUGAAAAGGUGCUCUUAGUUUCUUCUUUUACCUCCAUCAAUUUUCAGCUAAUGUGCUGGGUGCUUCACACUAUUCAAUCAGUGUCGUCGUCAUUACAGCUGCUGAACAAGCUCAAACAAACAUGGCAUAUGUGAACUGUAAAUUAUCCUUGUAAAUGUGUUUCAGUCUGUUGUGAAGAACACUUCAUUUUUUUUUUUCGAUCCACUCUGUCACUCUGAUAUUUAUGCUAAGCAGCAAAGAAAAGAUUGCAGAAUUCCUGCACGCAUGCUGUUUUCUCAGUCCCCUCCCCUGUUUGACUUUAUUUUAAGGGGGAUUGUGUAGUUUGAUGGUUGUCAAAUGUCCUUUGUUUACGAUACCUUUAGGUCAUGUUUUAUAACUGCAAGUUACAAUGUAAGGAACACUGAUACUUUAACUACUGUACACGAGUCAAUAUUGUUAAAUAAAUGCAUCUUUUGGAUGUUGUAUUUUC